UGUUUUUUUCAAAGGAAACAAAAAGAAUGAGAAAGAAAGUAAGUAAUAGUGGAGAAGAAGGAAACAAUGAGUACAAGAAAGGCUUGUGGACAGUAGAAGAAGACAAGAUUCUCAUGGAUUAUGUCAAAGCUCAUGGCAAAGGCCACUGGAAUCGUAUUGCCAAAAAGACUGGGUUAAAGAGAUGUGGAAAGAGUUGUAGAUUGAGGUGGAUGAACUAUCUCAGUCCAAAUGUGAAACGAGGCAAUUUCACCGAGCAAGAAGAAGAUCUUAUCAUUAGGCUCCACAAGCUGCUUGGUAAUAGGUGGUCUUUAAUUGCUAAAAGAGUGCCGGGUCGAACGGAUAAUCAAGUGAAGAACUAUUGGAACACGCAUCUUAGUAAGAAACUAGGAAUCAAAGAUCCUAAAACCAAACAGAGCAAUGGUGCUGAUAUUGUGUAUCAGAUCAAUCUCCCCAAUCCUACUGAUACAUCAGGAGAAACAAAAAACUCCAAUAUCGACGAUAACAAUAGCAUUCUCGGAGAUGAAAUUCAAGAAGAUCGUCAAGGAAGCAACUACUUGAGUUCACUUUGGGUUCAUGAGGAUGAGUUUGAGCUAAGUACACUCACCAACAUGAUGGAUUUUAUAGACGGACACUGUUUUUGAUGAUGUUUCUUUUUCUAGUAUUGGUUUAUGUUUUGUUAUAGCUUCAAAAGCUGGUCAAACACUAAUACAUCAACAAUCUUAGAUUAAAAGUUGUUGAUGUCCUAGUGUAUGAUUGGCUAAGUCUUUUAAUUAACUAGGUGAACUUCUCGUGGGUUAAAUGUAUAUGUUUAAAAACUCUAAGCAUCUAUAAAUGUUAUUUUUGUUUCUUGA